AUGGACUUCCCGGUCGACAUGUGGCCAGGCGACGCGCGCGAGAUGACUGCGGAUCAGAGAAUGUGGAGGAAAGAGGAGAGAGAGGAGGAAGUGUUGUCGACGAAAUAUUUCGCAUGCAACAAGAAGCUAGUCCUCUUCGAGAUGCUUGCAGCGGGAAGUCCCUGUUUCUUGGCUUGGCCUUGGCCUUGGCCCAAUGCGACCACGUCGAACAAGCGUGCAGCGUUUGCCAGGCCUCAUCAUCAUUUCGUGCAACGAAACGAUGGACCGAUCGCCGGCACGCUCAACUUCGUCGCCCAGACGGAGGAGAGACUUGUACGGCGACAGUCUGACCGCGAUGCGACGUACGACAUCGAACCAGUCUUCAACGUCGUCGGAGCUGCUCGUUGCUGGUCCGUCGGAACGGCCUGUGCACGCCUCCCACCAACAACCACCCUCACACACAUCAGCAAGACCGACGAGGAUGUCCACGAUGCCGGCCGCGCCUACCAGGUCGACGCUCACCGGCAAAUCCUGAGCAAAGCGCCACAGCCAAGCCACUAUCCUUCCAGCGACGGCGACGGCGAAGGCGACGACGACGACGACUCCUCCGCAGAUGAGGCGGUGACUGACGACGACGACGAUGACGACGAUGACGCUGUCGAAGAGACCGAAGGCCCCAACCACCGCGGCACCUACUCCAAGGACUAUGUGCUCAAGCAUCCGGAAAUCGAAUUCAUCCAUCGAGGCCAAGGACGAUAUCUCCCAGUAUCAGAACUGAAACCGGACCCCGUGAUAUCGUCGCCCCGACCGACCAGGUCGUCACCUCUGCACCCUGAUUUCCAGGAAACCAUGCUGACCAAACAUCUUAGACACUCGAACUCGCGCACAGCAACAACAUCAGACACCACAGACAUGAUGUACCAGGCAUUAGCACAAGAAAUCGACGACCACAGACGCAAGCACAACCCAGCAGCUCGAGAAAAGCGGGGCCCCGCUCUCAAACAUCAGUUCAACCUCAUUUGCGACCUUUUCAAGAACACACCAAGAAGCGACUGGCUCAAGGCAUGCGACCAGAUCAAAGACGUCAAUCACCGCGAAGUCGCCCGCAAGUGGGUCAAAGCCAUGGAACGAGAAUUUCCAUCACCUUCAACAACGAUCGAAAACAGUCACGAGGCGCGGGCCCGCCCUUCGCGCCAAGCCAAAUCCACUUCCCUCGCGGCUGUCCCGAGCAUUGAACAUCGCCGCAGUUCACGACUGGUCGACGCACCCAGCAAUUACGACGAAGGAGACGAGGAGGUCGACGACUCGGACGUGUCGGACAGCCCCGAUCGAACAUUCACCAGAGAUUACGUUGACGCACAUCCCAAAGAACAAUUCUAUCACACCGGAAAUGGUUACUACCGACGAGGCUCGAGAACAAUGAGCAUGACGAGAUCCAAGCGCCGCGAGUCCAGUCACUCGCAGGCAGUGAAGUACAGCAGCAGUGAUGCCGAAGAAGAAGUCGAAGAAGAAGUCGACGAGGAAGAAACAGUGAAAGGCGACGAACUUUACAAAUAUCCCGGCAUCAUUUUUCAUCACAAAGGCAACAGCUAUUACAAGCGUGGAGUUGCACCCAACGGCCGGAGAGGCACUUUUGUUGUCGGAGCGAACGGCGAGAAGGUUCCUUAUGAUCCGAAUCCGAAGACGACAACAUCCGACAGACACGAAGUGAAGCUGCUGCGCAAAGCAAGCGUUACUUCUCUCGAUCUUGAACCAAAUGGGACAGUGAGGCGCGAAUUCACCGAACAGCAUCCACAGUUUGAAUGGACUCACGUCGGCGGCGGCUGGUUUAGGAGAAAGCACAGCAACACCAACGUCCUUAACCCCGCCUUCACCACUCCAACAGCAUCCUCAGAGCGGCGCUCUAGCAGAGUCAGCACCAACUUCAGCAGAGACGAUCCUGAAAGCCACAUCAGUGACGAAAUGACGCGCACAAGCGAGCGACGCAAGCGCGCUUCCAGAAACGACGCUGGCGAUGACAUGGAGUCGCUCAAUGGCAGCCAGUCCAGGAUGAAGCCACCGCACAGCAUUAGUCGUUCUGACUCGAGUGAGCUUUUUGACCUUAACUACGUCAACUUGCAUCCUGAUGAGGUCUUCCAUCAUCGAGGCCAAGGACGCUGGGCGCGUGGUCUUCCGCCGCCAGGCAGCUCAAACAAGAUCGCAGUGCGGGGUCCAGUCGACGAGGCGGAGAGAAACGACAGACCGGUCAAUGAACAUGGAGAAGUGGCACCGCUACCGACCGCUCUAGUCCGUCGCGAGGAAGGUCCGGACAAAUGGCCUCAACUACGCUGGGUCUAUCGUGGCGGAGGAAAGUGGUGCCAGAAGACGAAAGAGGAGAUUGAGGCCGAUGCUCGAGCCGCGCUCGCACCACCUCAUAAGAAGCAGCGCACCUCCAUUGGAAGCAGACCGAAAGGCGCAGGCGCAGGUGCAGAAGCUCAGGUGCGUCGAGAAGCGAAGGCGAACAAAGGCAAGGCUCCAGCGUCCAAGCAUCUGCUCAAGGCUGGCAAGAUCGUUCGAAAGCGUAGUCAGCAAAGCGUCUUGCUUGGUGGCGACACAUCCAAAGCUUCAUCCGGCUCACAAUCGAAGGCACCCACCCCGAAGCCUGUACCAUUAUCAGAGGAGCUCGACAAGCUCACGGCCGAAGACUUGCCAAGCUUUUGGAAGGACGAAUGGAGCGAAGAUGAGAAGGAAGAUGCAGACGAUGAGGCGACGAAAUGGUUGCGCGAGCCUGCAAAUGGCUUUCGACCAAUCAAGGGAUGGCAAGCAAUGGUCGCUGCCAUGGAGAAAUAUGCUCCAGGAUCUCGUUCGCUUGGUUCUCUCAAAGCACUUGCCGCAAAUGCUCAGUCCGCGCUGAAGGACAUCCAAGAUGAAUUUCUUCUCCUGGAUCAAGUCGUGGCUCGCAAUCCCAUCAAAGGCAACGAACGCAAUCCCGUCAAAGGCGGCCGCGUUGCUGUAUCACAUGAGAUUUGGGAAGACAAGAAAGAAUCGACACUGUACGACUAUGUCUUUGACGCCAAGAAGAUCGGAUUCCAGGACCCAGACGCACAGAAGAUUGUGCGCGACGCCGAAGGUCGAGAGCUGCGGAGACGUCGCAAUAAUCGCAAAGACAUCCAUGCCACCCAGGUCGACUACGGCGACGGAGAAAUGACGGGCCGACGCACGAUCAAGCCGGUCUCUCGAUUCGACGGGGUCAUCAUGCCAGCACCUCGCAAGCGAUCACGAAUGCGCAACGCUGGAGAUGGGGAUGACGUGACUCCCAGCAUGACACCCGAACGUGGCAACACUCCUUCGCUGUCCUUGGCAGGCACUACCAAUAAUGCCGACGGCGGCUUUGUGGCUGCCACUCGCGGUCGCUGGGCUGGUCAUGUUCCCAAGCGCAUUCGAGAGCUUCGCGGCGAAAGCGUCAGCUCACAGCGCAGCGCCAGUCCUGACAGCGCUUCUCCACAACCCGGUCAGAUCCGCAAGGGCAGACCUCCCGGAAGCAAGAAUCACCACAAGCGCAAGGACGCUGGCAUCAAGAAGGGCCCCAGGAAGCCGAAGGUCUCCAGCGACCCACAGCAAGGAGAUGUGGUUCCAGAGCAGUCUGUGACGGCCACCAAGCCUCCUCCAUCAAUUCCGCCUCCCGACCCAAUGAGUCUGGAUGCCAUCAUCUCGCCGCAACCGGCAUCUGCAUAA